ACCAUCGGAUUGGCUCUCAGAAUUUCUCAUGCUCUUACACUUUAAACCUACUCCAAUGCUGAUUGGUCUGCCUACUCACUUGACCGGAAGUCAGUCACAGGCUUUUACACCUUCUCAGGUGAAACACCAAUCUCAUGGACAACCAAGAAACAAACUACGGUCGCUCGAUCCUCCAUGGAAGCUGAAUAUCGCGCUUUGGCCGCAACAACCGCAGAUCUUAUUUGGCUUCAUCGCUUACUUGUUGAAUUGGGCAUUCCAGGAACAAUCAACACCACUCUUCUAUGACAACAUGUCAGCUAUGACCAUCGCCAACAACCUAGUUUUUUAUGCCCUGACGAAGCAUAUCGAAAUCAAUUGUCACUUCAUAAGGCAACACAUUCAGUUUGGUCAUCUUCAACCACACUAUAUACAUACCCAAGAUCAAACGACGGAUAUCUUCACCAAAUCACUACUUAAGCAACAUUUUCAGCUUCUUCGCUCCAAGCUUCAGCUCUCAAAUGAGAUCUUUCAGCUUGCAAGGGGGUAAUAUCAGCACCUUCUAUUCAGUUAUUCCAGUAGUGCUUCUCAUCAUCUGCUGUAUGCUAGGACCACCACUCUUACCCAUCAUCACUGAUGAGAUCAAACCAUCGAACGUCGGUCUCGAACAAGAGGCUCAACUCGUUCGAACUUGGAAAGGGCCAAAUUCUUCAAAUGGGAAAAAGAGCUCUAAUGGGAGCAACGAUUAUUCGUCUUCGAUAAAAUACUUGCAUAUACACGAAUGCGAUUGCUUCUCCAUUGGAAUAUUUUGUAUGCCUCCUUCAUCUGUAAUACCCCUCCAUAAUCAUCCAGGGAUGACCGUGUUAAGCAAGCUUCUUUAUGGCACUUUACACGGGACAUCGUACGACUGGAUUGAUAUUGGUGGAGCCUUUGAUCCAACCAAACCAAGACCAGCAAAACUGGUUAGAGACGCAGAAAUGUCUGCUCCCUGUGGGACAACCGUUCUCUAUCCUACAAGCGGUGGCAACCUUCACUCUUUCAGAGCAAUAACUCACUGCGCUCUGUUCGACAUUCUAUCACCCCCUUACUCUUCGGAAGAUGGAAGACACUGCUCAUAUUUCAAGAAAUCACCGAGAAAAGAUGACAUAGGAGAAGUUAUUGAUGGAAUAGAUGAGUCUGAAGUAGCUUGGUUGGAAGAGUGUCAGCCCCCUGAUAGCUUUGUUAUAAGGAGAGGUAUUUAUAAAGGCCCUGCAAUUCGAAUUUAGUUGGGGGCUUGCUUUUAUCUCUUGCUGCUACUUAGAGGGCAUAUAAUAUAUAUUAUAUAAUAUGAUUUGUGAAUAAUUUUGCAAAUAAAUUCUGUUUUCUAGAUGCAAUUUUAGUAAAUUAACCCACAUUUAUUUUUUGCGAGAUUCUCUUUUCAGGGAAUU